UUACGUUGAAAUACGUCAACUGAUAGCGAGUCGAAGACGCAAUGCGACUGCGGGCCUCCAGUCACCGCUCAACAACGGUGGGCUACGAAGGUGGGCUCACACGUCUAGUCAUUAUUGUUAAUUUACGCCGUUCUUGUUUUCAAUAAAUUGUGAAGUCUGUCGAGAUUACUGCCAAAUACAGCAAUCAUGCCGGACAACAGCAGCAAAUUCAAUCCAAAUAUACAAUUGGAAAUACCCAAAUGGAUAAAUGCGAAAUAUUUUGAGAAGAUACUGCAUAAAGAGGAUACAAAUCUCCACAAAAUAAUAAAAUUGACGCCGAUCCCCGCUACACCGCCCGGUGAGAACUACACAUCGCUCAUGAUGCGCAUCCUAAUGGACAUUGAACUAAAAGAUGGCUACACACAACAGAAGUCGUACAUUGUAAAAACAACACUGGACGACGACAAAGGCGGCACACUUAUCAAUGCACUGAAUCUCUUUCCGAAAGAGAAACUCAUGUACGAGCGCAUUCUACCUCAGCUGGAGCAACUCUACCAUGACCUUGGCAAGAAUGUGAUAUUCGCACCCAAAUGCCAAUGGAUCGAGCAAAAAUCCAGCCGCAUUACUAUUGUACUCGAAGAUCUGAAUACAAAGAAAUUCCGCAACAUCAACAGACUCAAAGGCUUCGACAUGCCGCACAUGAAGCGUGUGCUGGAAAAGCUCGCCGAAUUCCAUGCAGCCAGCGUCAUAUGGCACGAGAAGCACGGCGCAUAUCCGGAUGAAUUUCAGAAAAGCUAUCUACCUGCCAACUAUCAAAAAUCGAAAUCUUAUCAGGCACGUGUACAAAGCUACAAGAUAGCUAUGGCGACGUGGGGCUUAGAAGAUUACGACAAAUAUGUGGAGCGCAUUCCAAGUGCCGAACAAUUCGUCAAUGCAGCCAUGGGCUGCUUCAACUCAGAUCCUAACGAAUUCAAGGUGCUCAAUCAUGGCGACUUCUGGUCCAGCAAUAUAAUGCUGAACUACACCUCAAAUGGCGAAGUGAAUCAAAUACGCUUCGUAGACUACCAGCUGUGCAAGUGGGGCAGCCCGGCACAGGAUCUAUGGGAACUAAUCGUGUGCUCAGUUGUGAGCAAUUUGCGCAUUUGGGAAUUCGAUCAUUUCAUACGAAUCUACCACACUCACCUACUUAAGUGCUUGAAGCUACUCAAUUAUGGCAAACCGCUGCCCAAACUGAAUGAGCUGCAUAUAAGUAUGUUGAAGCAUGGCUUUUGGGGCUACAGCACAACCUUCACACAUUUGGUUCUAAUACUCCUGCCUUCGGAUAAAGAUGCCAGUCUAUUCAAGCUGAUUCAGCCGGGGGAGGAAGGCGACAAGUUCCGCCACAAAGCCUAUACAAAUCCGCUCUACGUGCGCGCUAUGUUGGAUAUAUUGCCAUUUUUAUAUAGGCGUGGCAUUUUAGACUUUCAAUGACUAGGCUUUUGAAAAAGUACAAAAAUAUGCGGCUGACUGUGGAAUUUUACAAAAUUAGCAGAAAAUCUGGUGGUGCCAAGGUUACAAAUGGAUGCUGGAGUAGUUCUUGGCUAUGCGAAAUUUACGCCAAAAGAUGUAUAAAAUUUGUACUUAAAUAAAAUAGUUCAUGCUACGCUUCCCAGUUUUCGUUGAAGUCAUCUACAAGAAGGAUGGAAGACAAAACUGGUUAAAUGGAGAGUAACGAAAUCAGGAUAGGGCUACUAAUAAUUUUAAUAUUUCUAUAAUAUUUUUAAUUGAUUAAUAAAAAUUUUUAAUUCGAAAUAUUUGCAGUUGAAA